AUGGAGCACGAGAAGCAUGAAGAAAGCAUUGAGCAUGGCUCAUCGACGGUGGGAGGCCUUGAGCACAUUGCCAGAAGCAAUGCUGAGCAGUCCAGCUUGCUGAAGUUGCCGGUCGAGCUCCGACUCAGGAUCUACGAACUACUCCUCACAGGCAACAGCAUCCACAUUCUGAUGCGAUACACCAGCCUCACCACUGUUGAGCUCCAUCAUGUCAUCUGCCAGUUCCCGGAUCUAGAAACAGACCUGUAUGCUCCGAGCGCCCAGGCUCCAGAGGCUAAAGAUCCUCCCACAGCCGUCACCGAAGAAUACGAGGACCUCCACAGCUCCUGCCAUGAAAAGUCAAACCGCUUGACUCUGGCAUUGAGAGCCGUCCGCGAGCCAAAUCGCGCUGCUGACCUCCGCAUCCGAGCUGAGGACGAUCAGUUGUCGCUGCACUUCCUCGCGACAUGCCGACAGAUCUGGUUCGAAGCCCAUAAGCUGGCUCGUGGAUUGGUAUACUCCGGUAACACGUUUUCUUUCCACAUUGUAUCGCAUCUGGAUCUCUUUCUGCGAGCGCUUCAGCCCGAGCAGCGACAACUGAUUCGCAGCAUCGCUCUCCAUAUCCCGGGAACGGUCCGCGAACGCCACUUCGAGACUAUUGCCGACUUAGUCAAUCAAGGCUAUAUGCCGAGCCUGACGAACUUUUCGUUGGUGAUUGUGGAUGAUGUUGUGUUGCCACAGCUGUCGCGCAAUCCUUUUGGACUUUUUCCACCGAAGAAUGUCCAGAUCUUGUUUGCAAGGGAUAGUGCUGGACAGAGACCAGAUGCAGAGCGUCUCGAGCGGUUUCUGAUGCGUACAGAAGGUCAUACAUAA